AUGACAGCUCAGCCUCGAGUGCCGAUUUCGGCCUCGGCCGCAGUCCCGGCAAUCUACCAAAUCUUGUUCAUGACCAUUGAACCCAUCUUCGCCCUGUUGGGCAGUGUUAUGACUCUCCACGCACCGAACCAGUAUCUUGCGGGACUGACGCGCAACUCGCACCCGUACGCGCCGAAUACGCGAUUCCUUUUCACGCAGCUGAGCGGAUCUUGGCUGUUUUUCGCCUUCACCGAAGGCGUGGUCCUGCGGCUCUUUGAUGACCUUGACCUGUGGCGCGUCGUCUGUGCGGGCAUGCUCUUGAGCGACGCCGCCUACUGCCACGGCACGGCGCAGGCCAUCGGAGGCUGGAAGGUUUGGCUGAAUUAUUCCGAAUGGACGGUGGAGGAUUAUGUCAUCUUUUAUUCGACGGCACCGAUGGUUUUGGUCCGGAUUCUCAUCGUGCUUGGCAUCGGGGUGAAGACUUCAGGAGCUUCGAAGGGAGUGAAGCGGGAGUAG